ACCAGCGCCGCCACUGACUCGCCCCACGGCGCCCAGACGGCUGUGAAGGUCGUGGACGGCUUCUUCGCGCCUAAGACCGUGGUCGAGAGCGAUCCAACGGCGCCCCUGCCGCUGUUCAAGCGCUUCGAGAUGGUGCCUGCGUCCUGGAGCGAGUUCCAGCAGAAACUCGCGCAGUUGGAGAAGGAGAAGCGGUCGGACGGCAGCUCGAGGCAGAUCAAGGUCGUGUACUUCUUGCGCCACGCGCAGGGCACGCACAACGAGGCUCACGACAAGUACGGAUCGCCUCGGUGGGAGGACGAGUUCGCGCGCACCGAGGCGUUCCUGGACGCACCGUUGACUCCGUUUGGAGUUCAAGACGCCCAGAGCAAGGGACGGCCCAGUGCACAGGCGGAGCUGGAUAGAGGCAUGCCCCCCAUCGAGAGGGUCGUGGUCUCUCCGAUCUCGCGGGCGAUCCAGACUGCGCAGAACUUCUUCACUAAAGAGCAGGUGCCGAACGAGCCUUUCACGUGCAUCGAGAGCUGCCGCGAGACGUUCGACUGCCAUACAUGCAACAGGAGGCGACCGCUAUCGGAGCUGAAGCGCAGGUUCCCGGACGUCGACUUUUCCCGCCUGACGGACGAGGAGGACCAGCUCUGGUCAACAACGCAUCGCGAGACGACGGAGGAGAUCCAGAAGCGAGCGAGGGAGUUCCUGGUGGAGCUCUUCCGUGAGGUCCCGGAGCGCUACGUGGUCGUGGCGGCGCACCUCAGCAUCAUUGAGGCGAUCUGCGCCGUCACUUUGGGCACGCAAGUGCGUCCAAGCAACUGCGAGGUCGUCCCGAUCGUGCUGGAGGCUGUUUGAGCGUCGCGGACUGGGUGGGCAGUAGAGAGGGGCAGCACGGCAACAAGACGACGAGACUGGCUGAUAGAUUCCUUGACCCCCUUGCCUCUGGGAUAAAAUGAUACGCGCAACUUUUUUUUUC